AUGGCAGAGACUGAUCGACAUAUUGGUAUUGUUUUGGAGUAUGCAUCUGGGGGUGAAUUGUUCGACUAUAUCCUUAACCACCGGUAUCUGAAAGACAACCCUGCUCGUCGAUUAUUUGCCCAACUGGUUUCCGGCGUAGGUUAUUUGCAUAAGAAAGGUAUUGUUCACCGAGAUCUCAAACUCGAAAAUCUAAUGCUCGAUCGAAACCGCAAUAUCAUUAUCACAGAUUUUGGUUUCGCGAACACAUUCGACCCCACAGACGAACUGGGCGAAGAAAUUGAAUAUAACCUGACGAAUAGAGAAUUCGUGAAAAGGAUGAAGCUAGAUCGGCCCAACGCAAAGGGCUUAAGGCGCGGUGACCUUAUGCAAACUAGCUGUGGUAGUCCGUGCUAUGCCGCGCCAGAACUGGUCGUCACUGAUUCAUUAUACACCGGGCGUAAGGUUGACGUUUGGAGUUGUGGAGUUAUUUUGUAUGCAAUGCUUGCUGGCUAUCUCCCUUUUGAUGAUGAUCCCGCAAACCCUGAGGGCGAUAACAUAAAUCUUCUUUACAAAUAUAUUGUAACGACACCUCUCACUUUUCCCGAGUACGUCACACCACACGCGCGAGAUUUGCUGCGGCGCAUCCUUGUCCCGGAUCCGCGAAAACGGGCAGAUCUCUUCGAAGUUGCGCGACAUAGCUGGCUUGCGGAGUAUGCACAUGUGGUAUCGCACAUUACCAGCAAUACUACUAAUGUGGCUGACAUUGCAAACACCACUGUUCCUGCCGAAGACCAACAAGAGACCCCAUCCCUUGCUCGUAGCGCUUCUGUUAGAGAACCACCCAAAACUCAGCAUCACAGCAACGCUUCACCGGUGGGAGGCCUCAAUCACCAUACAGGGAAAAUCUCUCAAGAAGAUGAAAAACCUAAAGCAAGGGAUGCGAAAAGGAGAACAGUCCAAGUCGAAUACGUGCCCCCUCAGUCUCAAACUGCUCGUGGUGACUCAACUACCGCCUCUUCUCCUCUGAGCCCAAUAUCAGGUCCUGCAGGUAGGCCGCAUUCGCAAUAUGGAAACUUAGCGCAAUCGAUCUCAGACCUAACUGGUUCUUACAGUCAACCCGCCGCCCCAGCGGUCGCAACAACCAAUGUGCAGGGUCGGCUCGCUCAGCCCAAAAAUGCCACAGCCUACAGUAUCUCUCCGCCUAUCACCCAGCAACCUGCAGAGAGUUCAAUUGAUCAGCCCAGUACAAAUCUGGACUAUAGCGUUGCCCAGCAACAAGAAGCACAAACCAAGAGCCAUAAGCGUUCUAGCACCGUGAGUAGCAUUGGUGAGAAGUUGUUUGGGCGAUCUGGCUCUAUAUUCGGUGGAAGAUCAUCUCAGCAUGGGCAACGACCAAAUAAACGCUACCCCCCAACUAGCAUGAAGGAGCCGAUUGUCUCGGAUGAACCGCGAGCGUCAAUGGAUUCCCGUCGGUCAAUUUCUCACCCUUUUCAUCGGAAACUAGUGGAUUCCAACCAAGAGCAUACUACGAAACAACGAAGAUUUUCUCUCUUGCCUGCAUCGUUUUCUAUGAAAAACUUCUCAUCCAGCAAAGAAACGCCCCCCGCUGCUGACUCUCACAUGGCCCAGGUUAACGAUUUUCUCCACCUUCCAAUGAGUCAAGGUCAUCAGCAGCAGCCCCAACAGGUAUCAACUGCCAAUGCUACCUCACAUUCUCACCACCCGACCGCCGGUCACCACACCCAAGUCGAACAAGGCCUUACCAACGCCAAUGACCAAUUGGAUAUGAUGAAUUACUCUGCUCAAAUCGACCAACAGUUUGCGACCCUUCACGCUGAAUCGGACCCCAAACUCCAGAGAAAUCCAUAUGGGUCACCUCACAUUGCUGCUGAGCAAUAUUACCAAGAGGAACCCCAUGCUAACUCUUCUUCAACGAGAUACCUCACUGAGCCACAGAAUUCCGGUUACGCGGAGCAGUUUAUGCCCAGUUACCCGGAGGAAUAUAAUCCGGGCCAUAACAAUGACAAUGGUUCUCGGCAGUCAAUACAGCCUAACCACCAGUCUGGGAGGGUCUCCAAUGUUCUCCAGAAGAACAAUCGCAAGUUCGCCGAUGCCUACGAAUAUGAGAAAGAUCCGUCACAUCAUUCUGGUAGCUCUGGGGCUGCAAGAAGAGUUAUGGACUUUUUCAGGCGACGGGGCAAGUACCGUGCUGGCGAUCAUCAGUGA